AUUGUGAAAAUAACAAUUUUCCUUCGAGUUCAACGUUUGAGAUAAGAAGUUAAUAUGGCCCGUACCAAGCAGACCGCCCGUAAGUCAACCGGAGGAAAGGCUCCCCGUAAGCAGUUGGCCACGAAGGCCGCCCACAAGUCGGCGCCAUCCACCGGUGGAGAGAAGAAGCCCCAUCGUUAUCGUCCCGGAACCGUGGCCCUUCGUGAGAUCCGUCGUUUCCAGAAGUCGACUGAGCUACUCAUCCGCAAGUUCCCCUUCCAGCUCCUGGUGCGUGAUAUCGCCCAGGAUUUGCCCGAUUUGCGUUUCCAGUCGGCGGCCAUCGGAGUCCUGCAGGAAGCUUCUGAGGCGUAUUUGGUGGGUCUCUUCGAAGAUACCUAAAGACAAUUAUGCAAUUAUGGCGCGCCGCAUCCAUGGCGAGCGUGCUUAAGCAGGAUCACUAGGAGCAGAAGGAUCACUGUCGUCCAUCCCCAAACAGACCAUCCUGAUUUACGUUUUUAUGAGGGAAAGGACCACCAGCGACAC